AUGAUUUUAACUAUCGGUUGGGGCCUUGGGUAUCUUGUUACGAAGGGAGUAGAAAAGUUGCUGGGAUAUCGGAUUAACGAUGAAGACCUUUCAGCAAAGAGAUCAACUGACGAAAGUCCAGAACACUUUGAUUUUGACGUCGUCGCUGAAGACGAUGUAAAACACAAGGAUGUUUCAAAGGAGAGCACAUCUGAAGAUGGACGAUGCAAGAAUUUUGGAUUUGAAGAUUUCGUUGAAGACGAUGAAAAACACAGUGUUGUUUCUUCAGAAAGGCCAUCUGAAGAUGGAAAAUUUGAGUCCUCUGAUUCUGACACUGUCUCUGAAGACGAUGUAGAACACAGUGAUGCUUCUUCAGAGAGCUCAUCUGAAGAUGAAAGAUUUGAGUCCUCUGAUUCUGACACUGUCUCUGAAGACGAUGUAGAAGACAGUGAUGUUUCUUCAGAAAGCUCAUCUGAAGAUGAAAGAUUUGAGUCCUCUGAUUCUGACACUGUCUCUGAAGACGAUGUAGAAGACAGUGAUGUUUCUUCAGAAAGCUCAUCUGAAGAUGAAAGAUUUGAGCAGCACCCAGCAGGGUGGGCGGAGACACAGGAAGGAGCCGAAUGUGGGUCCGACGGGCAAUGUCGGUGCUGGGGCCGGGCCCCUAGAGGCUGGUCCGGAGGUCGACGUCGGUACAGAGGCCAGGCUGCGGGAGGCGGGUCCGCCAGGCAACGUCGGCGCAGGGACCGGGCCACAGGAGGCGGCGACAAGGAGUCUCUGGGAGAAUCUGGAGGAGCACUAGGAGGCUGGUUCUCGGGAGGAGGACUAGGGGGCGACGAGGAAACAUUGGGAACACUAGGGAGCUCGGAGGAGACGCUAGGGAGCUCGGAGGGAAAGCCAGGGAGCUUGGAGGGGACGCUAGGAAACUCGGAGGAACUAGGAAGCUCUUUAGGGGCCAAGAACCCACUAACAGGGCCCGAAGGCUCACUUACGGGGAACAGGCCACGCCAUCAGCCGCGCCCCCUGGCUGGCGCCCCCUGGCUGGCGACCGCCUGGAAACCCAUCAUCAUGGGGACCAGAGCGAAGGCGAUAGUGUGCUCUCUUCGCCGAGGGGCUGGAGCAGGCUUAGGAGCGACGGCUGCUGGGGUCGUGGGAGCGGCAGCCACAGCGAUGAUGACCGGAGGUGUGGAGGACGCAGGGGCUGGAGACGAUGUAGAACACAGUGAUGUUUUUUCAGAAAGCUCAUCUGAAGAUGAAAGAUUUGAGCAGCACCCAGCAGGGUGGGCGGAGACACAGGAAGGAGCCGAAUGUGGGUCCGACGGGCAACGUCGGUGCUGGGGCCGGGCCACUGGAGGCUGGUCCGGAGGUCGACGUCAGUACAGAGGCCAGGCUGCGGGAGGCGGGUCCGCCAGGCAACGUCGGCGCAGGGACCGGGCCACAGGAGGCGGCGACAAGGAGUCUCUGGGAGAAUCUGGAGGAGCACUAGGAGGCUGGUUCUCGGGAGGAGCACUAGGGGGCGACGAGGAAACAUUGGGAACACUAGGGAGCUCGGAGGAGACGCUAGGGAGCUCGGAGGGAAAGCCAGGGAGCUUAGAGGGGACGCUAGGGAGCUUGGAGGGGAUGCAAGGGAGCUUGGAGGGGACGCUAGGGAGCUUGGAGGGAACACUAGGGAGCUCGGAGGAACUAGGAAGCUCUUUAGGGGCCAAGAACCCACUAACAGGGCCCAAAGGCUCACUUACGGGGAACAGGCCACGCCAUCAGCCGCGCCCCCUGGCUGGCGCCCCCUGGCUGGCGGCCGCCUGGAAACCCAUCAUCAUGGGGACCAGAGCGAAGGCGAUAGUGUGCUCUCUUCGCCGAGGGGCUGGAGCAGGCUUAGGAGCGACGGCUGCUGGGGGCGUGGGAGCGGCAGCCACAGCGGUGACGACCGGAGGUGUGGAGGACGCAGGGGCUGGAGGUUCUAUUUGCUGCACUAUGAUUUCUAGUUGA